AUGGUAUAUGGUAUAUUUAUGUUCACCGGCUUCGCUAAAUAUAGCAUGAGUGUAGUGUCAAUAUCCAAUAUGUUUAAAAGAAGACUACAAGCACUCGGAUAUUUAGAAUGGGACAAAGUUAAUAUAAAUGAUCCACAACAUUUUCGUAAAGUAACAUUAUGGUUAGAGGAACAAAAGAUACGUCAGUAUAGUAUACAAGAUCGAAAAGAGCUACGCGAUAUAAAAAGUGAAAGUUGGCCUAAAACUUUUGCCAAAUACUGUGAGGAUGUUAAAUGUCCAAUUUCAAGUAACAAUAUGGAUCAACUUGAAUGGCUAAUUGGACGUGCUAUUUGGUUGGAGGCAGAGAAUAAUACUGAGCAGUAUUCAAUAAAUGUAAAAGAAAUGAAAUUGAAAAUGAAACAGGAAGCACUGGUGCCACAUCUUAAGUCCACAAAUCCACUUGACAACCUAAACUUUGAAAGUAAUGAAUUUAAAAAUGGGGUCUAUUCUGUGGCAAAACUGCUCCGAAUUCCGCAACAUCCGAAUCAUUUGGUCACGUUAAAAGCUUGCAGUAAACUAGUACAAAGAAGAUUAAAUUCCGAAUGCUUAAGGAAUCCAAAUUCCAAAAUUAUUCGAGGCAAACCCUUCCCUAUUAUGAAUUGUGAUCCUGGUUUUCAACUGAAGAAGACCGCAGUGGAGAAUGCAGCUAAAAUCCUUGCUCUUCUUUAUAUUCAAGAUAUUAGAAAUCUGCAAACAAAAAUUAAUGAAGUGAUUGUUCGUGUGCAGAGUGUCACAGCUAAUCCUAAGACAGAUACCAAGUUAGGAAAAGUUGGUAAACGAAAUAAAGGAGAUUCGGCCGAUAUGUCGACUAAACGUAAAAAUCCGGCGACGAAGAAAGGCCGCGCGAAAUCAAGGAAGGUUGAAUAUGACGAGGAGGACAUCUCGAGCGAACACGACUCGGACGUUGAUGACGCUGAGACCGGCUCGAAUGCCGACGGUGAGGACGCUGCCGAAGAUGAUCUUGCCGAUGUCUCCAGUAUUCCGGAAUUGCCACCGCCUGAGGGAGGAUGGGGUAAGCCUGGAACAUUAUUAAUGUGUGGUCUGACAAACUGGGACAUGGCAGGACGUAAAGCUCCACCGAAAGGGGUGAAAGUUAAUGUAGGGCGUAGUUUGUGGACCCCGCAUACUUUCAAAAAUUUAAAUGGCGCUAGAGUCAGAUUAGUUGCUUCUGGCCCAGCUGCUUCUCAUAGUAUUAUUGUUACUGAGGAUAAUAGAUGCUUAGCUUUUGGUAGAAAUGAUAAAGGUCAGCUAGGUGUUGGUGAUACGAAACGUCGGGAUGAACCUACAGAAGUCACAGCAUUAAAAGGUCAUACAGUUAUAGGAGCAUCUUGCGGCCGCAAUCAUACUUUGUUUUUAACAAGUCGCGGCAUCGUAUUUGCCGCUGGAGACAAUAAACUAGGUCAAUGCGGCGUUGGGAAAUCCGAUGCCUGCAUUGUCUCUGCCACUAAAGUAAAGUAUUCUGGGCCGCCGAUAGUGAAAGUGGGUUGUGGUGCAGAUUUUUCGAUGAUACUAGACAUUAAAGGUGGUCUGCACUCAUUCGGAAGCCCAGAGUACGGAGCAUUGGGCCAUAACACAGAUGGGAAAUAUUUUAUAACGAAUACGAAGAUGGCGUUUCAUUUUGAGAAAGUGCCUAAGAGAAUCGUUUUAUACAUUGAAAGAGCAAAGGAUGGCCAUGUUACGCCGUUAGAUCGUGUUGAGAUCACGGAUUUCAGUUGUGGGCACCAUCAUACUGUUGCAAUUGAUAGCAAAAAUCGUGCAUUUUCCUGGGGAUUCGGAGGUAUCGGUCGUUUGGGCCACAACGAGCAACGAGAUGAACUAGUGCCUCGUUUGAUUAAAUUCUUGGAGCCGCCUACUCGUGGUGUCAGGGCUAUAUAUUGUGGUAGUACUUAUAGCAUUGCCAUCAAUGUGCACGGAUCAGCCUUGAUGUUCGGACAAACGAAACGUACCGGAGAAGCAAAUAUGUACCCCAAACCGAUCCAGGAUUUGUCUGGUUGGGAAAUUAGAUGCGUCGGAUGUUCUCAGACUAGCGUUGUAGUCGCGGCGGAUGAUUCGGUUAUCGCUUGGGGUGCUAGUCCUACUUUCGGUGAAUUGGGUUUCGGUGAAAUGCGUAAGUCCUCGACUACCCCGAUGGAAGUGAAAGCGUUGGAAGGUUUGUACAUUACUGCUGUUACCUGUGGUCUCUCUCAUACGCUUAUGAUUUGUCGAGACGAAUCCGAAGAAGAGAAGACUAAAAUUAACAAACUUCAAGUAUAUUCCGUUUAAAUCGGAUAAUUUACAUUUUAAUUACUCAUAAAGUAAACGCUAAUCGAAUCGUCACGUCGACACAUUGGGAAAUUUUUUCUAUACUCACCCCAUCGCGAUCGUUAUUACAUUUAAGGAAACGGAGAAGAAAGAAAACCGAAUUGUAACAAAAAAA